AUGUACGAGAAUGUGCAAUCUACUGUCUUCACAUCAAGUCCAGACGAAACAACACGACCUACUAUCUACUAUGUCUUCACAUCAAGUCCAGACGAAACAACACGACCUACUAUCUACUAUGUCUUCACAUCAAGUCCUGACGAAACAACACGACCUACUAUCUACUAUGUCUUCACAUCAAGUCCUGACGAAACAACACGACCUACUAUCUACUAUGUCUUCACAUCAAGUCCUGACGAAACAACACGACCUACUAUCUACUAUGUCUUCACAUCAAGUCCUGACGAAACAACACGACCUACUAUCUACUAUGUCUUCACAUCAAGUCCAGACGAAACAACACGACCUACUAUCUACUAUGUCUUCACAUCAAGUCCUGACGAAACAACACGACCUACUAUCUACUAUGUCUUCACAUCAAGUCCAGACGAAAAAACACUACCUACUAUCUACUACGUCUUCACAUCAAGUCCUGUCGAAAAAACACGACCUACUAUCUACUAUGACUUCACAUCAAGUCCUGACGAAACAACACGACCUACUAUCUACUAUGUCUUCACAUCAAGUCCUGACGAAACAACACGACCUACUAUCUACUAUGUCUUCACAUCAAGUCCUGACGAAACAACACGACCUACUAUCUACUAUGUCUUCACAUCAAGUCCUGACGAAACAACACGACGUCCAAAGGUACUAACACUUAUGGCAAAAGCACUACAGACGAUUAAAAGCAAUGCGUCCUUUGAAACUUGGCUUCCAAGAUAUGUGAAGUGGUCUACGACGUUAAAAGAGAAGGGAGUCUCCAUUGACGGUAACCCUUUGCGCUGA